GAUUAUGUUACGAAAAUGCCCAUCCGGAAUAAACAAGGGAGAGUAGUAGUGUUGGUUUGGGCGACGACUCUCCCAAAAUCUAUAUACAGAGGCAGAGGAGGAGUGGGGCACGUAGCAAGAGGGGAUAGCGAGGAAGACAUGAUACGGGCGGUGAUAGUGAUGAACACACAGGGCAAGCCCCGCCUCACCAAAUUUUACGAUUACAUGCCUCCGGAGAAGCAGCAAGAACUCAUUCGGCGCGUCUUUGGAGUCUUAUGCAGUAGAGCUGAGAACGUCAGCAAUUUUGUGGAGGCGGAUUCGGUUUUUGGUCCGGAUACUCGCCUUGUGUACAAGCACUAUGCAACUCUCUAUUUUGUCUUUGUAUUUGAUAGUUCUGAAAAUGAGUUAGCCAUGCUUGAUUUGAUACAAGUUUUGGUGGAAACAUUGGACAAGUGCUUCAAAAAUGUAUGCGAGCUUGACAUAGUGUUCAAUUAUAGCAAGUUGCAUACUAUUUUGGAUGAGAUCAUUUUUGGCGGUCAAGUGCUAGAAACAAGUUCUGCAGAAGUUAUGAAGGCUGUUGAAGAAAUAUCAAGGUUGGAAACAUCCUCAAAUACUAUCACACUUGUCCCUAAGGCCAUUUCUGGUUGGCGAAGUUGAUAGCAUGUGAGUUUAAGAGGCCUCGUUGUGAUCGUCCCAGCAUUACACAUUGAAAAUAAAUUUGAACGGGGAUAAUUGAUUGUUAUAUUGGUGUGCAUGAAUAGAAGUCAUUGGAUGCUCUAGUGACACUGGACUUGUUUUUCAUUACCUCAGAUAAGUUGAUGGCUCAUAGAUGUGCAGUAUUGGCAGUUCCCUCGCACCUUUUUAAGUUCAAAAAAUGGUUUAUUCGUGAGCGAUCAACAAUGGUUGCUGGGCUGUUUACCACCUAGUAUGUCUGUUACUGGGUCUGCCUAAGGAUGCAAGAUUUGAAGAGGUGAAGGCCAGGGCUAUGGCGUGCUCCACUUUUUUGUAUGUAAUAAAGUCCUUGUCAGAAUGUAAGUUUGAUUUACCAAGAGAACUGUGAGCAUAUUCUCAAUCAUUUCUAGACAUCCUUUAUUCCAAGCUCAUGUAGGUUGAUUAAUGUUUGUAGAUAAUAUGUUUUAGGAUGAACCUGUUGUUAUGGGUUCUCUAUGGUGCUUCUGUUGCAUGAAUUAUCAAGAGAAAUUUUGCCAA